AUGAACUACAACGGCGCAGAUGGCCUUGAAUUCGGGGCGGGCAAUACAAAAAUAGACCCAGCCGUGUUGAGGGAACUGCCGGAAGGAUGCAAGGUCACAUCCACCGAGAAUCAUGGCGUAAGCUUCUGGGCGCAGACGGGUCGCAUCGAUGUUUUGCUCCGCGAUGGUACACCGCAGUCCUUCUUCAUCAAGGUCAGUUCGAAAGAACUGGGCAUGAAUAUGACCAGGGGUGAAUUCCACUCGAUGAGCGCGAUGCACAACGUUCUGCCAGAAUUUGUCCCAAGGCCCAUCGCUUGCGGCACCUACAGGACGAUACCAGAGACCCACUUCUUCCUCUGCGAGUUUCGAGAAAUGACUGACGAUAUGCCUGACCCUCACAAAUUUGCUGCUCUUCUGUCAACACUGCACCAGAAAAGCGUAUCGCCUACUGGCAAGUUCGGGUUCCACAUCACCACCUACGCAGGAAACCUACCUCAGUUCGUGGCAUGGGAAGAUAGCUGGGAGGUAUUCUUCGCUAAGACCAUGAGACAGGCGCUUGACCUGGAGAUUGAAAGGAAAGGGCCUAGUGAGGAGCUCGAUGUCCUAUCCCGUGCUCUGUUCGAAAAAGUCAUCCCGAGGCUCCUGAGGCCUCUCGAGAGUGACGGUCGAGUAGUGAAACCUUCACUUGUUCAUGGAGACCUUUGGUACGCAAAUGCAGGGAUUGAUGUCGACAACGACCAGCCUCUUGUUUUUGAUGCGUGCUGCUUCUUUGCGCACAAUGAAUCUGAUAUCAAGCUAGGAGGUUUGACACACAUGUAUCAGCGCUUUUUGUCGAUAACGAGACACUUCGCACACAGUGAGGCUAUCCUCAGCCUACUGUCUAGUUUGGCGGCUAAUGAGCUUAACAGGGUCCUUGAUGUUAUGAGAGAUUUGGUCCAGAGAUAUGGUUAG